AUGCAAACUACUUCAAAAGAAGCUCGAAUCAAUUUAGCUAUUGAGGCUAUUUAUGAAAAAGGGUUUAGUCCUCGAAUAAGUGAUAUGGAAGAUAUGGCGAAUUAUAUACUCGAAACACAGGGUGCGAAGAAGGUUGGAAAGCUCUGGGCUCAUCGUUUUGUGAAACAAUAUACAGAAUUAAAGAUAUGUUUUAAUCGUGUUUAUGAUUUUCAAAAAGCUCUCUACGAAGAUUCAGAGCUUAUUGAAAGAUAG